UUGAUGGGUGCCCGUUUGUGGUGAGGGGGCAGGGCCUGGCGGCGGAGCGCCCUCCGCUGUGGCAGAGCCCUUCCCUGGAGGGAUGGUGCUGGUGGGAGCUCGGGCUUUCUGUCUGGCCGCCAGCAGGGGGCAGUAGCGGCUCGCGGUGCGCGGGGGAUCCUGGCGCGGAAUCCAGGGAUGGGACGCCGAGGUCUGGAGACGCGAAGGGCCUUCCAUGCACUCAGAUCCAACUUCCAGCGCGACCCUUGGUGCGGACUCUGCCUGACACUCUUUGUGAACAUUGCCCAGGUGCUGGCCCACCUCGCGCCCAGGCUGUGUCUGCAAGCUCUGCACCUAGCAGCGUAGCUACUGGUCAAGAGCACGGGCUCUGGUUUCAGACUGCUUGGGUAGAUAGCAUGCACCUAAAUGCAUUGCUGGCUGCUGCUGUGAAUUCCCAGACUUGAACUCCUGGACUGAACUUUUCCACCAGCUGAAGCAGGAGCAUCUGGUCCAGGCAGCUGUGACAAGAGACACUGGGCUGCCAGUGGUGUUUUUUGAUGCCCAGGUGUUUCCAGUGCUGUGACAGAGUUUGUGUCAUGCAAAUGAACAAGUAGGUCGGCUUUUCCUUUUCUCCCAGUAGCACACUGGAAGCAGAAUUAGAAACUGGCAUACAUUUGGAAGAGGAUGUUCAGAAUGGCCAGGGAACUGAAAACCAUACCCCAAACAGGGACAGCUGAUGGAACUGGGAAUGUUUACCUGGAAAAGACUCAGCCAUUCCUGCAGCUGGGAACCAGGGGUGCAAGCAGGUUGCCAGGGGUGAUACCUGAGGCCACAGGAGGAACAACGGCUUAUCUUCUUGGCACUCCUUUUACAAAAAUGGUCAUUGAGCUGAAAUCACGGGUGUUGACUGGCAGACGAACUCCAACCGGCAGGCGCAUCACACCAACAAGUUCUAUGGCCAGGAGCUGAUCUUACGGAGAAGCCAAGAAUUCACUAUCACAUUGAAUACUCAAAGCCCUAUCUCUGAAGAAAGUCUGAAGUUCACAGUUUCCACAGGGCCUUCCCCCUCAGAGUCUGCCAGGACAAAGGCCAUGUUUCCACUCUCCAAUGGGAAUAGUGAUGGAAGCUGGAAUGCAGCACUUAAGGCCAGAGAAGAAAGCUCCCUGACCAUUACCAUCUCCACUCCUGCCAGUGCGCCCAUAGGACAGUAUCUGCUGGAAGUUCAGACCUCCUCCCGGGGCAAGGUCUACUCUACGAAGCUUGGGACAUUCAUACUGCUCUUUAAUCCCUGGGUGCAAGCUGACAGUGUCUUUAUGAAUAAUGAAGCUGAGAGACAGGAGUACAUUCAGCAAGAUUCUGGCGUCAUCUUUGUAGGAAGCACAAAUCGAAUUAACAUGGUUGGCUGGAACUUUGGACAGUUUGAAGACGACAUUCUGAACAUUUGCUUCUCGAUCCUGGAUAAUAGUCUGGAUUUCCGCCGUGACCCUUCUACAGACGUGGCCCGCAGAAGUGACCCCAAAUAUGUUGGCCGGGUGCUGUCUGCAAUGAUCAAUGGCAAUGAUGACAAUGGUGUGGUUUCUGGGAACUGGAGUGGUGAUUACACAGGUGGCCGGGACCCAAGGAACUGGAAUGGCAGUGUGGAGAUCCUCAAGGAAUGGAAAAAAUCUGGCUUCAGGCCUGUCCGAUUUGGGCAGUGCUGGGUCUUUGCUGGGACCCUCAAUACAGCGCUGCGGUCUUUUGGGAUUCCCUCCCGGGUGGUCACCAACUUCAACUCAGCUCAUGAUACAGACAGAAACCUCAGCGUGGAUGUGUACUAUGACGCCAUGGGAAACCCCCUGGACAGAGGCAGUGACAGUGUGUGGAAUUUCCAUGUCUGGAAUGAAGGCUGGUUUGUCCGGACUGACCUGGGCCCCUCGUACAAUGGAUGGCAGGUGUUGGACGCGACUCCCCAGGAGAGGAGCCAAGGGGUGUUCCAGUGUGGCCCCGCUUCGGUCUUCGCUAUCCGAGAGGGCGAUGUGAACCUUCCAUUCGACAUGCCUUUCACCUUCGCGGAGGUCAAUGCCGACCGCACCACCUGGAUUUACGAUAAGGCCACCGGCAGCCAGAAGUGGAAUUCUUCCGACACUCAGUCCGUGGGCAAGUACAUCAGCACCAAGGCCGUGGGCAGCUACUCUCGCGUGGACAUCACGGAGAAGUACAAGUACCCAGAAGGUUCCAGACAGGAAAGACAAGUGUUCCAGAAGGCUUUGGGGAAUCUUAAACCCAGCCGAGAGUUUGGCCCAACAUCUGCAGGGGCCUUGGGAGCAGCGGACCGGAAUCCCAGCAUCUCUGGGAGGUUCAAGGUCGUUGGCAUUCUGGAAGUGGGCAAGGAAGUCAACCUGGCCUUGAUCCUCAAAAACCUGACCAGUGACUUGAAAAUGGUGACAGUGCACAUGACAGCCUGGACCAUCGUCUACAAUGGCACACUUGUCCACGAGGUGUGGAAGGAUUCCGCCAAGAUAGCCUUGGACCCAGAAGAAGAAACACAGUACCGUGUGAAGAUCCCAUAUGCUCAGUACGAGAAGUACCUGAAGGCAGACAACAUGAUCCGAGCCACGGCCAUAUGCAAGGUCUCUGAUGAGAGUGAGGUGCUGGUGGAGCGGGACGUCAUCCUGGACAACCCCACCCUGACCCUGGAGGUGCUGCAAGAGGCACGAGUGCGGCAGCCUGUGAACGUGCAGAUGCUCUUCUCCAACCCCCUUGAGGAGCCAGUGAGGAACUGUGUGCUGAUGGUGGAGGGCAGCGGCCUGCUGCGGGGCAGCCUCAAGAUAGAUGUGCCAGCGCUGCGCCCCAAGGAGCGGUCCCGGAUCCGUUUUGAGAUCCUGCCCACUCGGAGUGGCACCAGGCAGCUGCUUGCCGACUUCUCCUGCAACAAGUUCCCUGCAAUCAAGGCCAUGCUGUCCAUCGACGUGGCCGAGUGAAGGGCCCCGGUGGCCCCCCACACAAACUCGGGUAACAAAGAGCAGGGAGGGCUCACCUGUGGCAUGAGUCCCCUGCCCAUGCGGUCUAGCCUGGGAGGCCCACUCCACCCCCCAGGGCUGCCUGGACAGGGACCUCCAGUCUCCAACCCCCACAGCACCCCCUGCACCCUCCCAGGCUGGGGCUGGCCCCCCUACCACACAACUUGAUCACGUUUGCACAUUCUCCAGCCACUUGACCCAGGGUCUCUCUGAAUGGAGACGGGGGAGAGAAGACUGUCUGGACUGUUUGCUGCCCCAGCCUGCAGUUAGGACACACCCGCUCCCCCGUCAGGCCGCUGCGGAGACGGGAAUGGCCAGUCACCCGCCAUGGCACUCACCUCCUUACCCUCAAAAUAAUAAAUGUUAAA